GGGGUGACCGAGGUGGCGGGAGCGCAGGAUGGCGGCCACAGCCUACGAGCAGCUGAAGCUGCAUAUCACACCCGAGAAGUUUUAUGUGGAAGCUUGCGAUGACGGAGCAGACGACGUGCUGACCAUUGACCGCGUAUCCACAGAAGUGACCCUCGCAGCCAAGAAAGAUGUUCCUCCUUCAGCUGUCACAAGACCAAUAUUCGGCGUACUGGGCACAAUUCAUCUGGUGGCAGGUAAUUAUCUCAUUGUCAUUACCAAAAAGAUAAAAAUUGGUGAAUUUUUCAAUCAUGUAAUCUGGAAAGCAACAGAUUUCGAUGUCCUUUCUUAUAAGAAGACAAUGUUGCACUUAACUGAUAUUCAGUUGCAAGAUAAUAAAACGUUCCUAGCCAUGUUAAACCAUGUCUUGAGUGUGGAUGGAUUUUAUUUUUCAACGACGUACGAUUUGACACAUACUUUGCAGCGCCUAUCCAACACCAGUCCAGAAUUUCAAGAAAUGAGUCUCUUGGAAAGGGCAGAUCAGCGGUUUGUGUGGAACGGUCAUCUUCUGAGAGAGCUUUCUGCUCAGCCAGAGGUGCAUCGCUUUGCUCUCCCUGUGUUACAUGGCUUUAUUACUAUGCACUCCUGUUCAAUUAAUGGAAAGUACUUUGAUUGGAUUCUCAUCUCGAGGAGAAGUUGUUUCAGAGCUGGUGUUCGCUAUUACGUGAGAGGAAUUGAUUCUGAAGGCCAUGCAGCUAACUUCGUAGAAACAGAACAAAUUGUGCACUACAAUGGGAGCAGGGCUUCGUUUGUGCAGUCUCGAGGAUCAAUACCUGUUUUUUGGUCCCAAAGACCAAACCUCAAGUACAAACCAAUUCCACAGAUCAACAAAGUGGCAAAUCACAUGGAUGGCUUCCAAAGGCAUUUUGACUCACAAGUGAUUAUUUAUGGAAAGCAGGUCAUAAUCAAUCUGGUAAACCAGAAGGGUUCAGAGAAGCCACUUGAACAAGCGUUUGCAUCAAUGGUGUCUUCCUUGGGAAGUGGAAUGAUCAGAUACAUUGCUUUUGAUUUCCAUAAGGAAUGUAAAAAUAUGAGAUGGGAUCGCCUGAGUAUUCUGUUGGAUCAGGUAGCAGAAAUGCAAGAUGAGUUAAGUUAUUUCCUAGUGGACUCUGCGGGCCAGGUGGUGACCAGCCAGGAGGGCGUGUUCCGCAGCAAUUGCAUGGACUGUCUGGACAGAACCAACGUGAUCCAGAGCCUGCUAGCUCGCCGUUCGCUUCAGGCCCAGCUUCAGAGACUAGGCGUUUUGAACGUGGGACAAAAGCUUGAAGAACAACAAGAAUUUGAGAAGAUUUACAAAAAUGCCUGGGCUGACAACGCAAAUGCCUGUGCCAAACAGUAUGCGGGAACCGGUGCCUUGAAGACUGACUUCACCAGAACUGGGAAGAGAACUCAGUUGGGACUUAUAAUGGAUGGCUGGAACUCACUAAUACGAUAUUACAAGAACAACUUUUCAGAUGGAUUUAGACAAGAUUCCAUAGACUUAUUUCUUGGAAACUAUUCAGUGGAUGAAUUAGAAUCUCAUAGUCCUUUAAGCGUUCCAAGGGAUUGGAAGUUCCUGGCCUUGCCUAUCAUCAUGGUUGUUGCCUUUUCAAUGUGCAUUAUCUGUUUGCUUAUGGCUGGUGACACUUGGACGGAAACACUGGCAUAUGUGCUCUUCUGGGGAGUUGCAAGCAUUGGAACAUUUUUAAUUAUUCUCUACAAUGGCAAAGAUUUUGUUGAUGCUCCCAGAUUGGUCCAGAAAGAAAAGAUAGACUGAAUUUGUGUUUGUGGAAAGCGGCUUGGCUUGGAAGAUUCCACGAUGCAGAGCUGGAGUCUUUACUGACCCACUUUCCACAGCAGCCUGAGGUCUGGUUAGAGCCUUUCCCAGCAGCCUCCCUGCCCCGUGCUCUGUGUGGGCUGACGGUCUAGAAUUGUUCCGAUAUUAUUGCCUGGAUGAUCUCUUUACUGUUGGCGUGGUUAUAAUUUGAAGCUAUGUUGUAAUUAAAAUGUACCCGAAUUCAGCUCACAAUGGAAGGAAUCUACACAUUGUCAGCUUAAUCAACUGCUGCAGAAAUAAGUAAUAUAUUUUAAACAUUUAGCUUCUUUCAUUAUUUAAAACAGCAAAAUUAUUUUUCUAGCAUAGUUGUCAUUGUAGAAGCUGUCACUGUUGGCAAACGUACUUUUCCACAUACCUUAAGAAAAGCUUAACAAUAAGGUAACUCUACUGCGCUUAUAAAACGCAGGCCCCUUACAGACCCCGUGUAGCCUGCGCUGUGGUCUGUGACCUCAUGAGUGGGGAAGAGGCGCACAUGGUCUGGGGUCUGCGCUGUUUCUGGUGGGCCACCUCGUGACCUCAGCUCGAGCUGCUGCAGCGCGCCAGCAGUUCAGGUCCAGUGGAAGAGCUCAGAUAUGCUUUAUCUUUUUUAAAAGGUGUAAAUGAAAUCAAAGAAUGUAAAGUCUCUCUCUUAUGCUAAAGGUCCAAAGCCUUCUCGUUUUAAGGACUGUGUCCCAGGUGGAGAGUCCCCUGGGCUGGCCAGCUGCAGCCUCCCGUCCGUUCUGGACUCUGCAGGCCU